ACGAAAAAAACAUUACUGGAUGUUCAUUUCGCGGAAAAAACGUCACCGGACGUUCAUUUCGUGAAAAAAACUUCACCAGACAUUCAAUUCACGAAAAAAAUGUCACCGGACGUUCAAUUUGCGAAAAAAAUGUCACCGGACGUUCAUUUAGCAAAAAAACGUCACUAG